UGGGUUGGUUUUUGACUUGGAGGAAGGGUGGGAUUAAAUCCCUGGGAUUUCCUAUCUGGGACACAGCCACAAUCUGCUUGUUGGAAGUGAAUGGCUCGUCUCCUUUUCCUGCAAUCGGAUCACUCAAGGUUGUUGACUGGCAUCAAAUACAACGGUGGCGCUUGAAAAGGGGAAUUAAUUAAUUUGGCUGCAAACGGGGAGGUACAGCAAGAGUGCGAGUGGUGAUGAUGGUGUUCCGUCAGCUCGCUGGCUCGCCAAGGCCUUGAUGGGCGGUUGAAGAAAGUGCCAUUCUAAGACUCCGAGCGUCAUUUAUUUGGAACCGCGUAACCACAUCUGUCAACAACACCACAAUCGAAUCACAGUACUCAUGUCUUCGCUAUCCAUCUGACAUCUACAUUCCAUCGCAGUGUCAAAAUGAAUAACAACAGCUGCGACUUUCCAGGCGAAAAGAGCGCACGAACGAUAGCUGUCCCCCGUACCAAUAACGAAAUGAUACCUAGAAUUAGGCUUCUGAGAUGGGUGGCAGGAUUCAGUAUUGCAGCAUUUCUCUACCUCCUCUCUUUCAGAAAUCAGAGCCCAAACGGCUCGUUCUUUGCGAGAUUACGACCAUGCGAUCAUACUUUGGGGAAGAGUGCAGUAAAGGGGGGAGAGAAAGUGGCAGAGAAGCCUUUGGUCCCUCUGGAAGCUCAUAUCAUGAGCAAAUGUCCAGAUGCACAGGUUCGUGGAAUAUUUCUCCAACUACAACCUCGGAACCAGUUUUGAUUCCAAGUUGGAAUCUACAAACUAUAUGCUAACACCCUACCUUCCAGGACUGCCUGAAACUCCUCGUCCUCCCAACAAUGCAACGAGUCCUCCCCAAAGUGAAUUUCACUCUAUCAUUCAUCGGAACCGCCACCGCGAAUGACGGCGUAUCCUGCAUGCAUGGUCCUCCAGAAUGUCUAGGAAACAUAAUAGAGCUCUGUGCCGCCAACCUCUACCCAUCUCCGAAGACCUACCUAGGCUUCACCAUGUGUUUGACUCGAGACUACAAGUCUAUCCCAGAGAAGAGCUUAGUAGCAGAUUGCGCCUUGGAACAUGGCAUCGAUAUGAAUAAGCUAGAGGAGUGUGCUGUUGAGGACGAUGGUGGGAAAGGUAUGAGUUUGUUGAGGAACAGCGUGAAGAGAAGUGCGGAUAAUGGGGUUACCAAGAGCUGCACUGUGAGACUGGAUAACGAGAUUUAUUGUGUGAGGGAUGGGCGGGAGUGGAAGGAUUGUCCCCACGGAGCUGAGGUCAAUGAUUUGGUCCUUGCGAUUGAGAAGAAGUAUCGCGAUUCGUAGUUUUGUUAUAGCCCGCAGUC